AAGAUGCCCUCCUCUAUGACCCUGGAGGUCAUAGAGGACUCAGUCCUGGGCCCUGCCGCUUGUAGGCGCCAGGCUGCUUGUAGCAGGUGCGCACUUCCCAGCGGCCGGCUGCAGUGAGGGCAAGCUUGUAGAUGUGAGCCGGCCUGGCUUGCUAUCUGUGCCCAGUGCUGCUUGUUUGCCCAAGGCCAGCCUCAGGACGGGAAUAGAUUACAGAAUUUUGCAAAGGGCCACCUAAGUUUUCUUCUGAGCAAAACAGCAUCUGUUUUGUGAUUGAUCGUUGUCCCAGGCAGCUGGGAUCCUACAGGAGACUUCGGUGGUGGAAGGUCCGAGGUGAAGGAUGGGGAAGCGGACUUGCAUCUGCAAUCUGUGCACCUGCGGGCGGCAUCGCUGUCCACAUCUCCCUACGAAGAUUUAUGAUAAAACAGAGAAACCAAGUCUUCUCUCCGAGUAUACUGAGAAUUAUCCCAUCUAUGAGUCUUACCUGCCUAGAAAUUCCUUCAAGCCCGAGUGCGCCUACCAGAAAGCAUCUAUACCGAUGGAAGGCCUGACCACAUCCAGGAGAGACUUUGGGCUUCACAAAAUGUUACCUGUGAAAUUCUACCAGCCUGCCGCAUACGUUCCGAGUCAAGAGAGUAUGAAUCUACUCACCUCGUAUAAACACGAUUUUAACUACAUCCCUACCUGUCCAGUUGGCCUCAUCAAACCUCGGGACAGUAAAUUUCCGAAUGGUGACAAGACAGUACAAUAUCUGCCUACCUACAAAGUUGAUUAUGUACCCUGGAACCAACCAAGACGGGAGCUUCUUCGUCCUCCACACAAGUACCGGCCGGAGUCUGCCAAGUUUGAAAACAGAACCACACAUCAGGAUGACUAUACCAUGAAAUGCCUUGUGACUACUGAGAGCUGUAAGCCUUCAGUCAAGGCAAAGAUCUGCAACAUCCCCUUGGAAGAUCUGACUAACUACAAGAUGAGUUAUGUGCCCCACCCUGUGGAGAAGCGCUUCGUUAAAGAGGCAGAGAAAUACAUACCCUGUGAUAUCCCCUUUGAGAACCUGACCACCCACAAAGAGUCUUACAGAGGCCUCCUAGGGGAGCCCGCCAAGAGUUCAAAACCUCCAGGCAAGAUACCUGUGCAUGAUGUACCUUUCUCGGACAUCACCGAGAUUCAGGAGAAAUACCAAGCUUGGCCAACGCCCCAGAUAGUUCCCAAAGCUCCCGUUGUGUAUGUCCCUCCUGAGGAGAAGAUGGAUCUUCUGACAACUGUGCAGACCCAUUAUAAACACCGUAAGGGUAGCCCUGCUAUAACUUGCCGACCUGUGCCUUCCAUUAAGAAGAGCGGCCGCUUCCAAAGCUCUACCACUUCCAAGGAUGACUUCAAGCAGUGGGCAGCUGUGAACACAAAACCAAUCAGACCUGUUCCCCAUCUGAACUUGCCUGUGGAGCCUUUGGACUGCCAGACCACCACUAAGAUAUGCUACGUGCCUCAUCCACCUACCAUUACUGAAAACUACAAGCCCGCCUGGGUUGGCCCUCGAAGAAACAUCCCUGUAGAGGGUCAGACUACUUAUUCCAUUAGCUUUACUCCCAAGGAUUUGGGCAGGUGUCCAGCAUCAUACAUAAACCCCCCAGGCUAUAUCUUUGAGGAAGUGGAUAGUACGGGGCACAAGAUCUAUAGGUCAAUUUCUCAGACAGCUUCUAGGCAGAACAGCUCUCUUUCUAUACAUGAUGUGGAAAAGCCUGGUCAGAAAGAACUACAAGUGUCAUCCUGACUGUGAAAAAAAUUAAAAACCUGCAAAUACCAGAAAACUAAAAAUUAUCCAUUGAAGAAGAAUUUCCCAAAAUGAAAAAAUAUUAAAAUACCUACCUCAGAAUGAAAAACAAAACCAUCACUAAUUCCAGGAUAUUUGAAAUAACACAAGGAUCACUUGAAUAAAGAAAAAUGACAUGUACUCAUGGCUGAUUAACCCCCUGUAGCCCUCUAUUUUAUCUCUCUAACUCCCUCGGGUUCCUUUUGUUCAUGGAAUCAAGGAUGAUCUCAGUGACAUUUCUGGGAUCUUGAUCUAAUUAAAUUAUUGCAUGAAUUGAUAUUAACCUUUACCAGGUUUGAAGUGCCAAAGAAUAAACUUUAUUUCGGGGCAUUGAA